AGAGGAAGAAAGAGAGAGAGAGAGCGCAAAGCAAAAAGCUCAUCAAGAAGUGAGAGUUAAAGAAGAGGAAGAGGGUUCGUGGAAAAAGGAACAAAAUAAAUUAAAAUAAAAGGACACUCAAACAGCCUUCUCGAUGACCUUCCAUCAUCUUUAAAAAACGUUUCAAGAGACAGAGACAGAGAGAGAGAGAGAGAAAGAAAAGCAAAUUCGUCACAAUGAUGAAGUUGUGCAGUCGACUCUGCUUCCUCGUUUUAGCAAUUUCUUCAAUAUCCAAAGGACAAAAUGGAACUGCAGUUACUCCAGAUCCCCUUGCAGCCCCUACUCCUACCCCGCGGUCGCCAUCAGAUGGGACUGUAAAUGAGACUGAUCGCGCCAUGACGCCCGCCGCUUCUCCUCAGAGUAACACAUCAGCGAAUGCAACAGAUCUGCCUUCAACAAACUUCACCACUGAAGUGGUAGAACCUCCGAGUUCAGACGACUUGAUUACAACAAGAAAGGAAGCUGAGAACAGCACAGCGACACAGAAAACCACCUCGGUCAGCGCGCCUGAGAGCGGAAAGGCUGCUGUGACAACAGUUGUCACAAUGACGGGCGGUACCUCACAUAAACCAGUGAUAAUUGAAGACAAGGGUGGUACGUCCGCAGGUUAUGUGAUCCUCAUAUUCAUCAUCCUGAUCAUCAUUAUUCUGUGUGUCAUUCUCUACUUUCUCAGGAGAGCCGCCAGGUCGUACUCGUUUGACCUCCAUCGUCAGGUUCCCGCCAACCAUCACAACGAACCCAUCGGCAACUUUGAACCAGUCUACCUGGACGACCUGGAUCGACCAGCUCCUAAAGAUGAAGGGACCACCAACGCCCCUUCACCUCCUCCAGUAUCCAACGGCACAACUCUACCGUCGGAGGAGCUGAUCUCCAAUGGAGAGAGCGCUCCACAGAACCAGCCAGAUACAAACGGUCUGGAGAUUUUGCCCUCCAGUAGUAACACCAGUCCCUCACUGGGCCAGGACGCAGCUGACAAGACAUCUAGCCCAUUCAGCAGCACCAACAUGUUCUUCGAUGCUAUCGGGGAGGAGCAGCAGAAUGAAAACAACAACAACCCAUCGAUUUCUUCCAGUGAGCCGUUUGUUGAAAUAAACCUUGACGAGCCGGCGUGGUGCGAUCAGCUCCUUACCUCCUCUGAAGCUCCUUCCUCUGUCCUCCCCUUCUCUCCUUUCUCCUGCUCCUCGUCCUCCAUUUCUUCUUCUUAACAUCUUCACCAGUGACCCCAAGUUCAACAUGGAAAGAAAAACAACAAAAAUCUAUGACUACUUGUCUUUUAUUUCCAGCAUGCUAAAAAACUAGCUGGGUAUAUUUGCCACGUUUAUAAAUCUCAAACAACAAGCUGUCAACAUAAAGAAUAUUGUUGUAUGUUUAGAUGUAUUUAGAAAAUUUAGCAAUCUGAUAAGUUAGUAUCCUUCUCAUCUUCAGCCCAGUCAAACAACAGUGAGCUCAGUUAACCCAAACUAACUGUUAGCUUAACUGUUAGUUAGCUAUAGCUAGCUGGGUGACUCAGCAUUUUGUGCUGUAGCCUUUAGUAUAUAUGUCUAUGGUAGCAACCCUUUGUUUUAUCGCAUUUGAAAAUUAAUGAAGAGUAUUUUAAUGAAGCGGUUGUCACACUUUAGCAUGUUUCUCAAACUACAACAAAAUGUUGUUAGCAAGCUAUUAAAAAGCUAGUAUUUCUCCUGUAUUUCUGUUGUCAAUCCUAGCAACAAAAUAAUGUUUUACCUGCACAGUUGAAAUGCUUUGUUGUCAUUUAGCCUACAGUGAAUACAUUUUUUGUAGAAAAGAAAAAAAUCAAAAAAAAUAUACAUUCGCUGCUGUUAAUUUGCUUUUGUUAAGUAAUGCUUUAAACCAAACUGACAUACAAAUGUCUUUAUCAUUUUCAAUUCGUUGGGAUACAGUUGAUGUCAACCAUUGUAAUUGAAGCGCCUCUGUCAGGAGCGCAUGAUAAACAUUUAGUAACUUGUUCUCAGCCAAUUGACUGAGCUGUCAUUAUUUUUCCCACAGUCUGUAUGGUAUUUUAUUAAAGA